UUCUUUUUCUUAUUAAACAAACAAUUAAUUGAGCUUUGCGGAAGGAGACGUUUCCUCGUUUUUCAGCUGUUUGUAUCUUCUGACACACCUUGAUUGCAUUUUCAUUAUAUAUUUUUUAUAGAUUUCUCAGCACAAAGCUACUCUCUCUUUCUCUCUCUCUUCAAAAGUUCUUUGUUGCUCAUCAAAGGGUGCUUGGCUUGUGCAUCAAAUGAUUUGAAAAGAUAGGGUCAAAUCAAAAGAAGUUCCCCUGUUUUGAUCUAUUCAUUUCACAGUUGGGGUGGAAUUGCAGCGGAUUUGAGUCUGACAGAGAGCUUUCCUCUUUGCAAGUGAAGCGACUGAUGAAAUCCCAACAUAGAUAGAUAGAUACAUAGAUCACAUAUGCACGUUGACAGGUCCGUUUGAUCCAUCAAUUUCUUUCUGCUUUCAUUUCAGAAACGAUCAUGAACCACGUGCGCACCCCAAUUCUCCUAUCACCAGGAUACCUUUGAGAGAGAAAGUACCAAAAGAGCUGCAAUUAUUGGGAGUUGUGUUGAUGGGUUGAUCCACAAAUCGUUACAAGAUUAAUCGCAGGUACGGCACAAAUUCAAGUAUGUUGAAGUAACAACCUGUUAUACCAAAAACCGAUGGCGACAUACUUUCAUCAUGGUAACUCCGAAAUCCAAUCAGGUGCCGCCGACGGACUCCAAACUCUUGUCCUCAUGAACCCAGGCUACAUCCACUACUCCGACGCACCGUCACAGCCCCCUCCCUCACACGCUGCGGGAAAUCUCGUGUUUCUCAACCCCGCCGCAGUUGCCGGCGCCAACAGCAACGGCUCCUUCAACCCUCACGCGCCGCCCUCUCACACCCAACAAUUCGUUGGAAUCCCCCUCCCCGCUUCCCAGGACCUCAACCACCACUCCAUGCACGGGCACCACGAUGUCUCGGCACUGCAUGGCUUCCUCCCGCGCAUGCAGUACAAUCACUGGAACGCAUUAGACCCGGCUUCGGCGGCGCGUGAUACCCCACGCGCGCAGCAGGGCUUGUCUCUGGGGCUGGGGUCGUUCCGAGAGGGUCAGGCCCCGGGCAUGUCCGGCGACGACUUGCGCGUGUCAGGGGGUUCGCCGUCGUCGGCGUCUGGGGUUACCAAUAAUGGAGCAUCGGGCAUUCAGAGCGUUUUCCUGAGCUCAAAGUACUUGAAGGCAGCGCAUGAGCUUCUGGAAGAGGUCGUGAAUGUUAACAAUGGGAUUGGCACCGAGUUGGGUAAAAAGAGUGGGGGACAGACGAAGGUGAUUGGAGAAUCAUCCGCGGCAGGUAGUGGAGAUGGUUCAGUUGGUGGGGAAGGGAACGGAAAACGUAACUCUGAGCUAUCAACUGCAGAAAGACAAGAAAUUCAGAUGAAGAAAGCCAAACUGAUUGCCAUGCUUGAUGAGGUGGAGCAAAGGUACAGGCAGUACCACCAGCAGAUGGAGAUUGUGGUGUCAUCAUUUGAGCAAGCUGCGGGGAUUGGGUCUGCGAGAACAUACACGGCUCUUGCAUUGCAAACAAUCUCUAAGCAGUUUCGUUGUUUGAAAGAUGCUAUUGCAGGGCAGGUUCGAGCUGCUAACAAGAGUUUAGGAGAAGAAGAUUGCUUUGGAGGGAAAAUAGAAGGUUCGAGGCUCAAAUAUGUGGACCAUCAUCUGAGGCAACAACGAGCUCUCCAACAAUUGGGAAUGAUCCAGCACAAUGCUUGGAGACCCCAGAGGGGAUUGCCUGAAAGAUCUGUUUCUGUUCUUCGUGCCUGGCUCUUCGAACACUUCCUCCACCCUUAUCCCAAGGACUCGGACAAACACAUGUUGGCAAAGCAAACAGGGCUAACAAGGAGCCAGGUCUCAAAUUGGUUUAUAAAUGCUCGGGUUCGGCUUUGGAAGCCAAUGGUGGAGGAAAUGUACUUGGAAGAAAUGAAGGAUCAUGAACAGAAGGGAUCUGAGGAUAAAUCAAGCAAGAGCAAUGAAGAUUCUUCAACGAAAAUGGCAGCUCCAGCAGAGAAAGGUCCUUCGAAUGAAACCGAGGCUAAAAGUUUCAGUUCCAAACAAGAAGUUUCAAAGAGCCAGAACACUGCUAUGGUUUCAGUUUCUAGACCAUCAACGUCACCACUUGGUGGGAGUGUGAGAAACCAAUCAGGAUUCAGCUUCAUGGGGUCUUCAGAGCUGGAAGGGAUCACACAAGGAAGUCCAAAGAAAGCAAGGAAUCAUGAGAUGAUGCAUUCCCCAAAUAGUGUCCCUUCAAUGAACAUUGAUGUGAAGCCCAAUGAGGCAAACAAUGAGCAACUCUCAAUGAAAUUUGGUGACGAAAGGCAAGGCAGAAACGAAUCCUCUUUCAUGGGAAACCAAACAAACUUCAUCGGUGGUUUUGGACAGUACCCAAUUGGGGAUAUUGGAAGGUUUGAUGCAGAGCAGUUUGCUCCAAGGUUUUCAGGUAAUGGUGUUUCCCUCACUCUUGGUCUUGAUUCAUUACCCGGAACCCAUCAAACAUUCCUCCCAAACCAAAACAUUCAACUGGGUAGAAGCUUGGACAUUGGUGAACCAAAUGAGUUUGGUAUCAUAAACAAUUCCUCUCCUCACUCUUCAGCUGCUUAUGAGAGUAUCAGCAUGCAAAACCCAAAGAGGUUUGCUGCACAAUUGUUGCCAGACUUUGUGACCUGAAUAAGACAUCAAAAGGUGAGCAAUGUGAUACCACAGUUUCUGAGUUCCUCACAAUUUCUUCUUAGUUCCCUGCUUAUGCGGGGAGUGCUGAACAAUUGUAGUGUAAAGAAAGAAGGAAUUUUACUUUAGUAUAAGUUUAUACCCUGCAUAGAACCAUUUGAGUUCUUAGAUAGCUUAGGAUUUCAAAGUAUAUGGUUGAGGUUGUAUAUUAUUUUUGUAAGCUCUGAAGGUGGGAUAGAUGGAUUGUUGUCAUAAACUUUAUUUUGGUAAAAGAUACCAAUAUAUCUUCGAUUGAAAAUA